AGUUCAUGUUAGGUGUUACAAGUGUUUAUUUAAUGUUAACUACAUUUAGCAAAAUUCAAUCAAUAACCGUUUCUUCAAUGAUACACCUUUGACAUGAACUAAUUGGUUGAUGAAGCAGUCCAAUUUGCACUGAUACAUUCUGUGACAUCUGCCUGAACCAAGGAAUUUAAAGAUGACAAGUGGCAAACGUAUGUCCAUCUUUGAUCGACUGUACGCCAAUCGCCUAGAAAGAGGACACUUUUUUUCAACUGCAGAACCAACCAGUGCACCAUUGCUGCCCAGAUCCAUCAAUCAUGCCAACAGGCUCUUUAACCCUCACUACGAGCAAAAGAUCCAAGGUCGUCGUAUGAACAUACCACAACUACCGUUUCAGAACAAGCUGCCCCCGUAUCAGAAUAAGCUAUCACAUUAUCCAGGCAAUCCACCCCCGUUCCAGAACAAUCUACCCCCGUUCCAGCUCAAACCCCAACCAUACCAGAACAAGCCACCACCAUACCAGAUCAAGCCGCAAGCUCAUCAGAGUAAGCCUCAACCUUAUGAGAUCAAGCCACCACUUCUUCAGAGUAAGCCACAACCGUUUCUGAUCAAGCCACAACCGUUUCAGAAUAAGUCACUACCGUUUCAGAAUAAGCCACAACCUUUUCAGAAUAAGCCGCAACCGUUUCAAAAUAAGCCACAACCGUUUCAGAAUAAGCCACAACCGUUUCAGAAUAAGCCACAAUUGUAUCAGAGCCAGCCAGCGCCAGUACGGAGCACUACCGAAGGCAUUCCUUCUCUCUUUUCUCCUCAACCACUACCUCUUUUUGAUCCUGAAACGAUAGAGAAACGAAGAGCUAGUCUCCAGUCUGUCAACAACAAAGCGAAUAAACCCUCCAAAGAGUCAAAGGAUGACAAAAAUCAAUGUGUCCAGAACGACGAGCAGAAACAGGACCAGAACUCGGCCAAGAAGCAGGAGUUGGAUUCCAAAUCCGACCUAGCAGUAAAACAAGAAGAUAAAGACCAGCCCGACCAAAAUGCCGCAAACGAAGAAUUGGACGUUGACGAGUAUCUGCAAAAAGAAAGAGAAACAAAGAAACAAAUUGAUGACAUAAUAAAGGUGGCUCAGGCGUUGCGUGAAAAACUUGAUAGGGAGAAAGGAAUGAAGCUGCAGGCGCUCGAAAUCAUCAGACCGCAAUCGGACAGUGGCUCCCAAGACGACAAGGAGCCGUCAGCCAAAGAUGCCGCGACUCCAUCAGGCUGCUCUCGAGACGAUCAAGCCUUGGAAGAUCUCGCGACUUCAUCUGGCGGCUCCCAAGAUGAUCGGGAGCCGGCCUCUGAAGAUCAAGCAGCUUCAAAAGGUGGCUCGUUGCCCGAUAAAUCUACUAAAGCCUCUUCGCAGCCAGAAAUUCCACGACUGAUGGACCUCAAACCUAUGGCAUCGAUCAAGUCAAAUCAAAUACCAAGUCUGAUGGACCUAUGCGUAGCACCACCCGCGCCGCCGAUUAAGAAAUUAAUGUUGAGUAGGUACGAGCCUGGGCCGUUGAACGUUUGCUGGAACUGUGGAAGACAUGGCCAUAGUUUUUUGAGCUGUAGAUUUCCAAAAUUGAGACAAUUUUGUUUUCGCUGUGGUAGGCCUCAAGUUGACCUUCCAUCUUGUCCUAACUGUAAUAACUUUUAAACAUACCGAAGAAAGGGUUAUCAUUUUAAUGAAUUUUUGGAAUAUUCUGAUGAAUGAAAAGAAUGAUGAAUAUGUUUUUAAACUUAAGAUAUAUUAGUAAUGCACGAAGCUUUGAUGGUUUUUAGUCUUAAAAAUUUUCCACUAUAAUUUUGUAACUUUCACAACGUUUGUCUUGCUGUUAUUUCCCCCCCCCCCUCCGUCUACUUGGCAUUAAAACAAAUGUUUUUAUGACUCUUACAAUUGUCAAAUCCGAAAUGAAAUAUCGGUACUAGUCAAAUAUAAAUGUACUACUUUCUAUCACCACUUCUAUUUUUUUAAUUAUUUUGAAUGAGUAGUAGAGAAAA